AAAAAGAAACGCUUUGGAGGCAGAGUUUUUUUUUUUUUUCUUUUUUUGGUUUCUAUGGGGGAGCCUUAAUUUAUAAAAAAAAAAAACGAAGAUUAACGGAAAUCUGAGAGUGUUUAUAGUGUGGAUUUUGCUAAUUUGUGUGUGUGUGUGUGUGUGUUUUUGUUGUAAACUGCGAGUUGUUUCUUUUUGGCUCUAAUGUGUGGGUUUUGUGUUGUGAAAUUUUAGGGUUUCACAUAUCAUCUCCUUUCCCUUGAGGAAGUUUUAGGCUUUUUCACUGUUUCCAGCGCCGCGAUUCUCAGCUAUAUAUUCCUGGUUGUGAAGGUGAGUUUUAUUUGGAAAAGAUGUCAUCACAAUAUCCAAUUCUUGACAAUCGACCAAUUGAUCAAUGGAAGGUUACAGAGCUAAAAGAGGAGCUUAAAAGAAGGAGAUUAACAACUACUGGUUUAAAGGCUGAUUUGAUUAAACGUCUGGAUGAAGCUAUUCUCAGCGAAAGGGAAAAUGCUGCAAAGCUUGCCGAAAUGGAAAAUGCGGCAAAGCUUGCCGAAAUGGAAAAUGCAGCAAAGCUUGCUGAAAUGGAAAAGGCUGCAAAGGAUGUGGAUAAUGGAUUUGAAUGUGGAGUUGAAUCUGUAGUUGGAUCAAAAGAUGUGCAGUCAGUGCAAGUUGCUGCAGAAACUGAUAAAGACCUUGCAGAUGACAGUGAUAAAAAUAACAAGAACAAAAAUGCAGAUGAUGUUACAGUUGAGGUUGAUAUUAAUGAGAGUGAGGCAACCUUGGAUCAAGAAAAAGUUGAGGAAAGUGACAUGCUUGGUCAUAUUGAUUCUUCUAGGGUGGAAGAGGAGAUAGUUGUUCAGACAACCACUGUCGAAACCAGCAUUGAAGUAACUGAGACUGUGGUAUCUGAGGUAGUGUUGAGUGAGCAAGAUUCAGAGAACGUUGAAACCCACGAGGAGAAUGGAAACAUAAAAUCCCAGCUGGAAAAUGAUGAUCUGAAGUCCCAUCUGGAGAUUGAGGAAUCAAAGCCCCAGUUGGAGAGUGAGGAAUCAAAGCCCCAGUUAGAGAGUGAGGAAUCAAAGCCCCAGCUGGAAAAUGAGAGUUUAAAUCCUCCAUCUGAGGGUGUCAUGCUCGACCUUUCUACUCCAGACAACCAGGUAUCUGAAGUCAGCCCUAUUUUAGGGUCUCAAGUAAAAUCUGAUUCUAUUUCUACUGAUUCUGUGUCAAUUAAUGAAACGAUUGAACUAAAGGAUAAUGUAAUUGCUGAUCAUGUCAAUUUAGAACUAGAUGUUGUUAAGCCUGAGAUGGUGGAACCAUCAUCCAGCCAUGUUGUCCCAGUUGGUGGUGAAUCACAUCCAAUGGAUGUUGAGGAGCCACAUGAGAACAAGGCAUCUGAUGGAGGGAAAGAUAGCUGCAAUGCUACAGAUGCAGAUAUAAACAAGAAAAUUGAUAGUGCAGAUGUAGGGUACUCUGAAAAGUUAAAUUUGGACAGGAGUUCUGGUGAUGAUUCCAUGGAAGAGGAUGUGCUGGAGAGUAAGCAAAUUGAUUCUAAGUAUAACUCUGAAGAAGUAGAAAUUAAGAUUGAGAAAAGUCAUGUUGUGAAAGAGGAAAGUCAUGUUGCUGUUCUUGGGGAUGCUUUAUCUGCUGAAAAAAAGGAAGUCAAUGUUGAGGGUAAGAGUCAUCCAGCUGCACCUGCUGAGAAAAGAAAAUUCAAUGAUCAACCAGCAGUUGGAAAUAGUGAGCCAAUCAAGAGGCAACGUAGGUGGAAAUCUGAAGGCCUCAAAGUUCCAGAGCCCCAGAGCACUAAUUCUACCCCUACAACUACGCCCAAGGACACUUUCCAGUCUGCUGCUACAAAACGUAACUUCUCUAGAUCGGACUCUACAAAUAGUGAGGAUACUCCCAAGGAACGUGUUGUUCCUCCAUCACCAAAAUCUCCAACUAAUUCUCUUAGAAUUGAUCGAUUUCUGCGUCCCUUUACAUUGAAAGCAGUGCAAGAACUUCUUGGCAAAACUGGGAGUGUUACCAGUUUUUGGAUGGACCACAUCAAGACCCAUUGCUAUGUUACUUACUCAUCAGUGGAAGAAGCUGUAGAGACAAGGAACGCUGUUUUUAACUUGCAAUGGCCUCCAAAUGGUGGGCGCCUCCUAGUGGCUGACUUUGUUGAUCCUCAGGAAGUGAAAUCGCGGGUGGAGGCUCCUCAGACUCCAGUUACACCUACAAGUGCUGGUCCCAUUGUUCCUCCUGCCCCUCCCACCUCGCAGCCCCAGCCCUCACCCCGUCAACAUAGGCCGCAGCUUCCACCACCACCUCCUCUACCACCACCGCCACCUUUGUCUAACCCACCUCAGUCAAGAGAGCGGGUUCAACUUCCACCUCCACCUCCACUUCCGGAGAAACUUGACCCUCCUAUUGUCACUUUGGAUGAUCUCUUCCGGAAAACCAAGGCAACCCCUCGGAUCUACUAUUUGCCUUUGACAGAAGAACAAGUAGCAGCAAAACUCACAGCGCAGGGCAAAAACACCAGGCAGUAGGGGAUCAGGCUAUAAUCUAUCCCUUGCCUGCUCAAUGGAUUUUCUUAUGGGUUGUUCAGUAUGUUAGAUAAUGGUAAGAAAGUAUCAUAUGAUUACAUCUUUGCAGGUCUGCAGGUGUUGCUUGUAGGAAGAGAUUGUUCCAGCCAAGCAGAAGGAUCCAGUUCGUAGCUGGGUUUGGGUUUUUUGCCAGGAGUUUGCUUUGGGUUGAGGCUAAGUUUUACUUGAUGUUAGAACCUGCAAACCUAGAGCUCUCUUUAAGUGGACUGAUUACCAUGGCAUCUUGUUUACCCGUGGAACCAGAGUUUUUAGUUUUUACUCUGUAAACUUUGUUUGUUAGUGUCUAAAUUUCUAUUGGAUAAUGUCUUAUUCAAACAUUCAGAUUUUGUCUGAGGUGUAGGAUCUAUAUGUUGAUGAGUGCGCACAUGUUUUAGGCAUUUAAACUGCUAUUAUUAUUUUCUUCUGUAU